AAGCAGUACACAGAGCGUGAGAUUGCAACCAGAGCAUUCCAGAAUCAUGUGAAAAAAGUAACGCUGUGGUUGAACACGAUGUUUGAUAAAGUCCAGACGUUGAAACCAAUAUCACGUGAUAAAGAUACAAUACAGAUACAGAUGCAACAGCUGGAGCCUCUGAAGAAGGAAUAUGAUUCUGCACGUUGUGAUGUCGAGGAAGUUAAAGACCUUGGAAAUAAGUUAGAUUAUGUGUGCCAAAGCCUGUCCACACCCCUACGAAACACAAUGUGCCGAUCAAGCUUGUCAGUAGAUCCUAUGGAAUGGACCAACGUCAGUGGGAAGCCACUUUCUUUUGCUGCAAAACGAUAUUCCUCUUUUGAUGAAGACUCAACUGCAUCAGAGAAAGUUGUGAAUGGUGUUGUGGACCGGUACAACAGCUUAGGGAGUCAGUUAGGUGUUCGAUACGAGGAGCUUGAUGCGUUUCUCAACAUGUCCAAGUUGCAGGGCGAUCAACUCAAUUCAUUGCAGGAACAGAUCGAUUGGGUGGUUGCCGUAGAAACAACUCUUGACAACCACGAACCAAUCAGUAUGGACUAUCAAACACUGCAAGUACAGCUAGAAAAUAUGAAGGGAAUUCAACGAGACUUGAUCAAUAAUAAACCACUCUCUGAUGAAGUUCUGAAAGAGGCAGAGACGUUACUGCGACAGAAGAAAGAUCGUUUAACAUCUGACCAGCAAGAUGUGCUGCAGACUGGCGUGUAUGACCUCAGGUCACAUGUUGAUCAGGCUAAUCUGAAGACACAAGAUUGGCUGAGGAGUAUGGAAGAUCAGCUGAACUUACUGUCUGAUGUGAAGGACAAAGGCUCUAAAAUGAAGGACUUGAAGGAGUGGAUAGUGUCAGUCGAAAGUAGAUUGGGGGAGGAACUACCAAUGAAGGAAGAUCUUCAACAACUGAGAGCGCAAGAGCAAGAACAUAGGGCUAUACACAGUGAGAUUCGUGCCCAACAGGAGCCAGUGAUGAUAGCAGUUCACAAUGCCCAAUUCCUCAUUGAGAGUAGGCAUGAUAAACUGAGUGAUGCUAACAAGGGCAACAUCAGAAGUACUGCACAGGAGCUGAAGGAGCGUUAUGAACAGCUUUACACUGAGAGUGAUUGGCGCAUGACCCAGCUCUCUGUUGGUCUCGAGGAACUUCAGAAGUUCGACCAAGAGAAUUCUUCCUUUGAAAUAUGGCUGACAUCAGCUGACAGAACACUCGAUGCUCUCCUUCACAACAUUGCUAAGGAUCGUGAUUCCUUAAGGCACCAGAUGACAAAGGUUCAGGAAUUCAAUGAGGAGAUUGUUUCCCAUGCUGUCGAACUCAAAUUUCUGAAUAUCUUUGGAUCUAAGUUCAUCAAUUCUGGAGAGCAAUACAAAAACCAGCUAACUGAUUUCCGCAAAAAGACACUUACAAAGGAACAGUUGCGUCAAUUUAUCGAACCUCCUGAAGCGAACAUAAUACGAGAGAAAAUCAAUGACACAAAUAAGAGGUACGAACAACUAAAAAUGUUGUGCAUUGAACACACAGAGAAACUAGCAAAUAUCCUCAGCCUCCAUGAGCGAUGGCAUACAACCACUGAGGAAUUUACCAACUGGAUUGAAGAGCGUACUGUGGCAACAACGAGAAUGGUGACAGAAGAAAUUGGCAGUGAUGUUGCUUCAGUGCAGGAACAAAUGUCCAAGAAUAGGAUUGUUCAAGAUGAUGUUCAUCUCCAUUUGAAAGAUAUACAGCAGAUUAAAUCCAUCAGUGUACAGCUUUGUGAAUCUCAGCCUGAACUGAAACCAACCUUUCAAAAGACAGUUGAAAAUCUAUCUCAAAAGUAUGAUGACAUUGGGACAAAGGUAAAUGAUAGGAGUCAGCAGCUUCAAAAAGCAAUCACAGAUUUGACGAACACACAAGACAGCUUGGACAGCACUAGUCAGUGGUUGGAUGAUUUUGAAGGGCGGUUGAUGAAAUUGGACCAAUCAAAAGUUGUGGUGCGUCUUGAUCCUAUCAUGGAACAGCUCCAGCAGGUCAAGAUGUUACAGGGUGAACUUCAGUCACAUCGACCAAUUAUUGAGGCCAUCACCAAUAAGACGUCAACCAUGCUUCAAUCAAGCCCUCCAGCAAUGGCACAUAAAUUGCAGAGCCGCAUCAAUGAGGUCACUGCCCGCUACAAGAAGUACACAUCCACCUUGGACUACUACACUGAUGAUUUUCAGAAAAUGUUGGCAAAGCUAACAGGUCUGAUGGAAAAGAUUGACCAAUUGGAAGAGUGGAUGUUCCCGGUGAUGGAUGCACUGGAAUCACGAGACCUUAAGAAGCAACCUGUUCAAGAAAUCGAAGUAGUUUUACAGGAGGUUAAUGAGGAGAUAAAAGAACAUGCACCAGAAUAUCGAGAAAUCAAGAAGAUUGCUGAUGAACUCAUCAACCAUGUGAGGGCGCAUGACCCAUCUUUCGUUAUUGACCUCCUGAAAAAUGUUGAUCGCAAUUGGCAGACAAUGGAGGAUGCAUUGGGAAGAUUGACUGACUACCUAACUACUCGUAAAAAACUGACCGAUAAGUACAAGAAUGCUGUACGAGUGGUGAGUAUGUGGCACGAUAGCACUCUGGCUAAGGUUGACCAGCUGCCUCCUCUUGUUCGAGAUCUUGACCAGCUAAAAUCACAACUUGAACAAAUGAAGCCCAUGAGAAAAGAGGUUGCAAGCUUCAAGCCAAAGUAUGAUGAGAUCUAUGAGAUGGCAAAGACUUUAGACAGCCUCAUCCAGGCUACAGAGACAAUUGUUACCAAUCGACGCAAAUCAACUCAUGUAGCACUCAGGCCAGGUGACCAUAUGCCAGUGCAGAGACGAGUUGUUGAUAUCCAGCAAACAUUCCAAGUAUCUGAAGAUACUGAAUUAAUGCAUGAUGUGAAAGUCCUGCGUAAACUUUACCAAGAUCUUCUGCAACGAAUCACAGAACGAGAAGAAGUCAUCCAAGACCUCAUACAGGUAAUAACACUUUACCAAGAACACCUUGCAGACUUACAAGAGCUCCUGGACUGGUCUCGACCCAUCAAAGCCAAGUUCAUUGGAGAGAAACAGCCUAUCACUGAUGUUGCCACUUUGGAGAAUGUCAUUGCAGAACAAGAGGCACUGCACAUUCAGCUUCAGAGUAGAAGGUCUGAGAUUCUUGAAGUUCUUCAAAACUGUGAUCAAUUUUUGCGAGACAACCAAAACAAGUUGACACCUGAGCAAGAAGAAGAGAUGCAGAAAUGUCUGGAUGAACUAAGAGAAUACUAUGAGAACUUGAUAGUGUUGUCACUAGACCAUUUGAAGGGUUUGAAAACGAUGCUCAAAAAGUUGAAGAAGGAGCAAACAAGCAAGAUGACUUUAGAACGAGAAUCCCAACUGGCAACUGAUGGUCUGGUGAAACUACAAGACUGGGUAAGUGAGAAGGAACAAGUUUUUGCAGAACAGCAGCUAAUGGAGGAAGAGGUCAAUGAGCUUACCAAGCAAACCAAAGAACACAAGAUCCAUUAUGAUGAUAUUCUGAGCCACCAACAACCUGUUUUGCUCUGUGCACACAACACCACUCAAUUUCUAGAAGCAAACAAAGAACGCCUUUCUGAGGACCUCCAGAGCAAACUUACAAAUGGUCAGGUCAGCCUCUGUGAUCGAUACAACCGCCUAACGGUGGAGUCAGAAUCACGGAUGAAGAAACAUAUAGCAGCUUUAGAUGAGCUCACUAACUUGGAGCCAGAACUUGACUCUUUUGAGAAGUGGCUUUUGGAAGCAGAAGCUACAAUGCAGACUUUCCUCCAGGAGAUUGGCUGUGACACAGAGACACUCCGGAAGCAGGUCCGUCAUCUGAAAUCAUUCAAUGAAGAUGUCUUUGGACAUAAAGGUGAUCUGCGGAUUCUGAACAUAUCUGCACAAAAGUUCUUCAAGGCGAGUGAUGAUUAUAAAGAGGGCAUCGCGGAGUUCCGCUCAAAAGUUUUGCCACGUCUCAGCAAGAGAUCAAGUUAUUAUGAGCCAUUGAGACCAAGUGUGCUUAAAGAUAAGCUGAAUGAAUUGAACUCUCAAUAUGAGCAAUUAACUGGAACCUGCAGCAGUCACUUUAACAGUCUUAGUGAUCUUCUGCAACUGCUGCAGAAGUACAAAGAUGCAGUCGAAAACAUCAUGGGCUGGUUGCAGUCAGCAUAUGAAACCCUGGAUAGAAUCCUGAAGGAGUCGAUUGGUGUCGAUGCCUUCUUUGUUCAGAAGCAAAUAGAUCGGUUGACAUCAUUUCACGAAAAUGUUGUCAGUCAUGCCAAGGACGUCCAGCAUGUGAGGGAUGCUGGGAAAGAUCUGUCAGAUGCUCACCCUGAACUUCGCAUUGAUGUUGAAAGAACUAUUGACACAGUUCAGGAGAAGUACAACAAACUUCUGGGUCAGAUUGCAGAGCGCUCUGACAUCCUAAAUAGGAAGUUGAUUGGCAUAACUGGCAUGAAUGAAGGUCUUGAUGGAAUCCUCAACUGGCUAGACAUGACAGAGAAGAAAGUUCAGCGCUUGGAAACUGGUACUGUUAUUGUGGCAAGGAAGGAGCCACUGUUGGAAAGUGUAAAUGAACAACUGGUUCUUCAAAGAAGCCUGGAAAGCUAUGCACCAAGCAUUGAUACCAUUAACAAGUCUACAACAGAAUUCUUGCAGAACUGUGAGCCAGAGGUUGCUGCUACAUUGUGUAAAAAACUUGACACUAUCAACACAAAAUACACAGACUUAAAGAACACUUCACAUGUCAUUGGAGAUUCCUGGCAGACCCUUCUUGAUGGUCUUGAAGGCUUUGAGAAGGAAGUGGAUGAACUAGAAGAUUGGGUACUGCCAACCAUUGACAUCUUGGAAUCUAAAGAGUUCAUGAGUCAAGAAUUGCCACAAAUAAACCAAAAGCUUCAGGACAUUACAAAGAAACAAGCAAAGAACCAAGUCCAAGUGGACAAAAUUCGUAAGAUUGGUGAGGAGAUCAUCCAGCAAGGAACCGCAAAAGACUUUUCUUAUGUAAAUGCUGUCACAAACAACAUGGAAGGAAACUGGAGAACCUUGGAUGAGAUGCUAGACACAAGAAAUGCCCAAUACACAGAACUUAAAGACAUAAAGGAGAAACAUGAAGUUAAGGUGGAUGAUGUGACGAAAUGGUUAGGCACUAUGGAACGUCGCUUUACCCAGCUACCAGUCAUUACUCAUGAUUCCAGAGCUCUCCAACAUGAGCUUUCAGUUGUCAAACCACUGAAUAAGGAGAUCAUUGACUACAAACCAAAAGUUGAUGAUGUCACCAGUGUUGCACAGAACUACAGCCGCUUGCUAAAUGCUCUUGAAAAACCUUUGACGUCAAGACCAAGGCAGAGGUCCCUACUGGUUGAAACAGCACGUUCAGCGGAUGAACCAGUUAUUAAGAAGCCAAAGCAAUCCAUUCUGGAUUACAGUUUUAUUGAAGAAGGUGAUUCUGAUGUACUGAUCGAGGCCCAAGAGUUGAAUGAACGUUACAUUGCUCUGAGUAAGAACUUCAGUUUCCACAUUGAGGACUUGGAGAUGAUCUCGCAGUAUGUUGAAACAUCAACUGCAGGCAGUGAUCUCCUCAGUUGGACCACUGUCACAGAUGCAAAGCUGGAGGAGGAGAGACCAGUUAGCAAAGAUGUUGACACAUUGGUUAGAGAAAUAGCAACAUUCAAGAAUCUCUGUGAUGACAUCUUUGCUCACAAUGAUCCUGUCUCUAAAGUCAUCCACUCUUUGGAGAACUUUGAAAAAGUGUAUGGAGGACGUUUGACACCUGAUCUCCGAUCAAAUCUUCAGAAAUUGAUCACAGACCUUAGAAAGGCAUAUGCAGAGCUUGUUGCCAAAGCUAGGAUGACCCUUGCUGCAGAAGAACAAAGACUUAGGAACCUUGAAGCAGAACAGCAGGCUAUGACCUCUCUUGAUGCUCGAUGCAAACAAGCUAAUCAGUCAAUGGUUGAUCUCCUUGAUUGGGUUACUAAGAUGGAAAGUGCACUUGCUAGUGAGCAGCCACAAAGUGAAAAAAUAAGAGAGUUGGAUGACCAGAUCCAGGAACAUACAGCUAUAUAUAAUGACAUUCAAGCCCAUCAUGAACCUUUGAUUCAUGCUGUGCAGACAACCGGACAACUUAUUGAGCAAAACUCCCAACAAAUUCCAGGCCCCGACUGCGCAAAUCUGCAAGAGAUUCAGAUGAACCUACGUAGCAGGUACCACCGUGUUAGCACUGAGUCACAAAACAGACAGAACAAGCUAAUGUUUGCUGAUGAUGACCUGAAGAAGUUUGACGAAGAGACCAAUGACUUUGAGACAUGGCUCAGCUCUGCAGAAGAGAAACAAAGUAAAGCUCAGAAACUAAUAGAGAAGGAGGUUGAGGCAGUCAAAAAGCAAAUAGAUCAACAAAGGGCACUUGUUGAAGAUGUCAAGGAUCAGAAAGGCGAACUAAAGUUCAUUAAUAUCACUGGACAGAAACUUAUUACAAAUGCAAAGGAAUACCGAAAAGACUUGGCAGAGUUCCGUACUGCGGCAAUGCCCAUUGACUUCAACCAUACUUUCAAAGAAGCUCCUCAAAGCACUAUUGUCACCAGCACCAUGCAGAACCUGAAUACCCGCUACCAAUCAUUGAAAUCUAGUAGCAUUCAGUUUAAUAUGAAGCUUAGCGAUGUGCUUGAUAAGCUCCAGAAUUACAACAACAAGAAAAAGUCAGUUGACAACUGGUUGACGGAGUCUGAAGGAACCCUUCAAAAGAUCUUGAAUGAGCCAGUUGGAGCAGAGCCAAGCCAAGUGAAUCAGCAGAUUGAUCAACUUAAGAGCUUUCUGGAUGCAGUCGUGUUGUAUGCUGUGGAAAUGGAUCGAUUAAAGGAUGCUGGCCAAGAACUUAUGGCAGCACAUCCUGAUUUGAGAGCAGAUACUAACAGGGAACUUGAUGACGCUGAAGAUCGCUAUCAAAAGCUGAAGAUCUCCCUCAAUGACCGCUUAAAGAACCUCCAGAAGGCAUCAGUUGAUGUUGGUACGGUUCAAGAUGGUCUGGAGAAUUUGGUCAAGUGGCUGGAUGAUGCUGACCGUCGUGUGCAGCACAUGGACAAAGGAACUGUCAUCAAGCUUAGAAAAGAUCCAUUAACUGAAAAUCAACAACAGUGCAAGGUUCUGCAGUCCGAUAUUGAAAGCCAGCGUCCAAUUCUUGAAGCCAUCACAAAGUCAGCAGUUCAACUGACUGAGAGCAGUGACCCUGUCUCAGCUGGUUUGAUACGAUCAAAACUUGAAAAUGUCAAAGCUCGCUUUAUUGAAGUGGAGAAUACAACACAGAAACAUGGUAUGGAUCUCUUUAGCUUGACGGAAAAGCUGAAAGAGUUUGAACGUGUGGUGGAAGAGGUUGAAGAUUGGGAACUUCCAACACUUACCACUUUGGAAUCCAAAGACUUCAUGGCAUCAAACCUUCCAGACAUCAGGGAUCAGCUGAUGGAUGCAACAAGGCAACGAGAUGCCAACAAGCCCAAGAUUUCUCAAAUCCAUCUGCUUGGUGAAGAGAUGAUGCAGCAUCCAAAGUCAUGCGACACAUCAUAUGUUAACAGUGUUCUCCAGAAUGUAGAUGAUAACUGGAAGCAUCUUAAUACAGCCAUUGAUAAAAGGAGUAAACAACUUGAUGAUCGUGAAGCGGCAACUAGGCAGUAUGAUGCAGCUCGUGAUGAUGUAAACUUCUGGUUAGAGAAUGUAGAGCGGCAAGUGUCUCAACUACAACCUGUUACUGAGGAUUGUAGCGCUUUGAAGAUGCAAGUCACCCAAACUGAGCCAUUACUCAAUGAGGUUAAAGAACACCAACCACAGGUAGCUGAGGUUACAAAGCUAGGCUCAGUCCUUGACAAUUUGAUCAAGGAGACUGAGGUGCCACUUACUGCCAUGCCUCAUGCACGCUCUACCAGGCAAGAUACUGAAAAGCUGUUGAAGAAAAGUAGCCAGUGGGAAAUCGAAGACCUUGAUUCAACCUCAUUUUUCGCUGAUGAUUCUCCAAUGGACAAGUCUAUGAUAAACUGUGAGGUUGAAGACAUAAAUGAUCGUUACAAUGAUGUGCUAGAUAAUCUAACAUCACGCUCUGGCCAACUGAAUCUCAUGAAUGACUACCUCAGUGUUCUGGGACAGCUGGUGGAGACUAAGGAUGUCCUGGCAACAGCUGACAGCCAGAUGAAACAGAAAAUGCCUUCUAGCACAGAUACAGAGGUCCUUGCAAGGGAGUUGGAAGAGUUUAAGGCUGUACAAUCCGAUGUCCAACAACGGAAGGCUAUAGUUCAAGAUGUUAUCACUGAUGGAGAAGCAUUUGUUAAAGUUAACAAGACCAGACUUCAGCCAGAACAAACACAGAACCUACAGAGCCUCAUCACUGACCUUAGGAAUGAUUCAGACCAGAUCCUUGUAGAGACAGAGCGUGUGUGCUAUACCACGCAGAAUGCACUUUUCUCCCUGAAUGCACAGAAUGAGCGAAAGUCAAAGCUUGAUGAAGAGUUCAACAGUGAUGCCAAGGCAUUGGACGAUAUGCUGGAAUGGAUUCAAUUGACAGAGGAAGGUCUUGGAUCACAACAGCCAAUGCCAGAACAAAGUGAAAUAUUUAUCCAGCAAUGCGAUGAACAUAAGGCACUUGUGAAAGACAUUGAAGAGCAUAAUGAACCAGUACAGCAUGUAAUCCAAGAAGCUCAACAUCUUCUAAAAUCAGAAGAUGAAUUGGAAGAGACACAGAAACAACAACUUCGAUCCAGCAUCGACCAGAUUCGCUCUCGCUAUGAUGUCAUUGCUAAGCAGGCCAAUGAACGACAGACUCGAUUGACGUUUGGAUUGGAUGAUCUUCAGAAACUUGAAGAGGAUAUUAAAGAAUUUUCUGAGUGGGUUGGAGAUGCAGAAGGGCAAUCUGAUGCUGCCAAGAAGGGCAUAAGCAAUGAGCUAGACACUCUGACAACACAAUCUGAGCAACAUGUUCCAUUUGCUGAUGAUGUUGUCACUCAUUCAGCUCAUCUAAAAUACAUGAACAAGGCAACCCAAAGAUUCUUGAGCAAUGCCAAUGCUUACAAGGAGUACUUGGGUGAAUUCAGAUCUGAGGUUUUGCCAAAGCAAACCCAGAGAGCUUUUGUUGAGACACCUGAGAGCAACCACCUACGGCAAACAAUAAGUUCCUUGAAUGACCGACAUGAGUCAUUAAAGGUUGAAACCCUCAAUCAUGGCAGACAUCUCGCCAGUUUGAUUCAGCAUCACCAGCGCUAUGUUGACAGAGUAGAAGAGUCUGAAAAAUGGCUGACAGAAGCUGAGAGUCAGUUAGAGGAGUUGCAAAAAGAAUCUAUUUCCGCACAGACAGAGGCAAUCCAGCAACAGUUGGAGAGUGUUAAUAAUUUCAGGAGGGAUGUUGCAACCCAUAGAACUGAUAUAGAGCUAACUAAAUCUGCUGGGCAGAACCUCAUUGAGGCUCAAGAAGAGGCCCGACCACAAGUAGAGAGCACAACUGAUGAGAUUGUAAAGCGGUACAGAGCUCUUGAGGUAUCCAGUGGCACUCGUUACGAGAGUCUGCAGACUGCGCUUUCAGAGUCUCAGGGAUUGAUGGCCAACCUGGACAUGCUUUUGAAGUGGCUGGAUGAGGCUGAAGAGCACCAGCAUAAGCUGGAAAAGGGAACUGUUGUCGUCCUGAAGACAGAAGCUGUGAUGGAUCAAAUUGAUUUAAAUAAUAUCCUAAAGGAUGAUAUUACUGGCCACAAAGCUGCUAUUGAAUCUGUUAAUGCAGAAGCACAGAAAAUCAUGCAAAGCUCACCAAACCAGGAGUCCAGUAUCAUUCAAGAGAAGCUGAAUAAAGUGAACAAUCGUUACACAAGUCUUGAGGACUUAUCCAGAAAUCAUGGUGAUGAGCUUGAACAUCUUAAGACAGAACUUGAUGAUUUGGAGAGAAUGGUUGACCAAUUGGAAGACAAAAUCAUGCCUAAUCUGGAGACUCUUGAGAGUCAAACAUUCAUGGUGCAAGAGUCCAAUGAAAUUGCCAACAGGUUGAAGGACCUAACAUCACAGGAGAGUGCUGGUGAGGCAGAUUUGAAGGCUAUUCAACAUCUUGGUAAUGAACUCAUCAAGAAUCCUAAAUCUAAUGAUGCCUCAUAUGUUACAAGUGUUCUGAAUAAUGUGGAAGAAAACUGGAGGUCUUAUGAAAGCAUGCUCAACCUCAGGAAGAAGCAAUUAUCUCUUCUUAACCAAGCUGAAGAACGCUACCAUACAGGUAACCAAGACACAGCCAUCUGGCUGACAACUAUGGAACGCAAGUUGAGUCAAUUGCAACCAGUGUCUUUGGAUUUGAGAACAUUAGACAGACAAGAGAAAGAACUUGAGCCAUUCAAAGCGCAAGUAGAUGACUACGAACCAGACAUUGCUGAUCUGGAGACAGCAGGCCAUUCUCUUGACCACCUGCGGACAGAGUUCAAAACACCUGUACCUACCAAACCCCACCAUCGGUCAACUUACACAGCAGGAGGUUACAUGCCAAGUGACAGAAGAGCAUCUGUAUACAGUGAAUCAAUCCUUAAUCUAAGAGAUGGCAUUGAAGAUUCACCAGUGCAGCAUCAGCUGCGUGACACAAGACGUCGUUAUAACACCCUCAAGUUUAAGAUAAGUGAACGAGAGACAGACAUCGACCUGACACGUCAAUUCUUAGAGAAAUUUACGUUGCUGAACCACAGGCUGGACUGGUGCACUGCCGUAGAGCGUAACCUUCGAAAGAAAAAGCCUACUAGCAAAGACUUAGAGACAUUAAAAUCAGAAUUUGAUCUGUUCAAGGAUGUUCACACUGACAUUAACUCCAAUAAGUCGGUAGUUCUGGAGACCAUUGUAGCUGGUGACCAGUUCCUUCAUGACAACCGCAACAAACUGACAGAGGAAGAGACAGAGGAGUUGGAAGAGAAGAUCAGUGAGCUGCGGAUGUCCUUUGAUGACAUCUCCAGGAAUGCAGAUGAGAUCUACAAAGACACAGAAACAGAGAUCUUGAGAUUAGAGAGAAUCCACACAGAAGUGAUAUCAUUACGUGUCAAAUAUGAGGAAGCCACAACAACAACUGUGAAACUACUGGAUAAGGUCACUGAGCUUGAAUUCCAGCUGGGUCAAGAACAGCCACAAGAGGAAGUCCUGCCAGCAUUGAAACAGCAGGCAGAUCAUCACAAGAUCAUUCAUGAAGAUAUUGAGGCUUGCCAACAACCAAUUCUUCAGACAAUCCACAAUGUCAGUCAACUGGUAAGGCAAUAUGGAACGCAGAUGAAAGACCAGGAUGCAUACCGCUUGAAAUGCAUUGCAGAUGACCUUAAAUCUCGAUACAAUACUGUUGUAGUUCAAUCCCACACCCGACUCAACAGGCUCAACCAAGCAGUCAGUGAUCUGGAACAUGGAGAGCAAGACAUUGCAGCUUUCACCCACUGGCUAAGUUCAGCAGAAGUCAAGAUGGAUCAAGUUCAGUGUGAUGUUGCCAACAACUUCCAGGAUCUUGAGAAGAACCUAGAAAACCAGAAGGUCUUUGCUGAAGAGAUCGUCACUUAUGCUGCACAUCUAAAGUACAGAACUUUAUCAGGAUAUAAAUUUGUUGAAAACGCAAAGGUUUACCGUGAAGAACUAAGUGACUUUAGGACAUCAGUUUUGCCAAAAGAAUUCAAUAAAAAUUUCCAAGAGAACCCAGAACCAGAAGUCAUCAUGACAACAGUAGGUGAUCUCAAUGAUCGUUACAGCCAGCUCAAACUGACCAGCAAUGACUACAUGAAGUACUUGUCAGAGCUUGUGGAGAAGCAUCGACAUUUUAACACACUGGUUGAAUCAACUUACCGAUGGUUAGGAGAUAUCAGUACUGAUCUGGAUAGAUUGUUGAAGGAACCAAUUGGCUCUGAUCCUAACAUGAUUCAGCGACAAAUUAAUCGAUUGAAGGUGUUGCUAGAUGCUGUUAUACUUCAUGGAAAAGACAUCAAUGCUGUUAAAGAGGCUGGCCAGGUACUCAUUGAGGCACAGCAUAGUACUACUGCUUAUGUUGAUCAGACCACAUAUGAUAUUGUCAAGAAAUACAAUGAGUUGGAAGGACAGAUUGAUAACCGACAGAAAGCCUUGAAGUCUUCUCUAUCAGACAUGCAGUCACUACAGGAGAGGCUGGAUGGACUGUUCCAGUGGCUUGAUGAUAAAGAGAGGACUGUCUUCAGACUACAGCAAGGAACAGUUAUUGUGAUUAAGAAGAUGCCUCUUGUAGAGAGAUUGCAGGAAUAUCGACUUCUUGAGAAAGACAUUAACAGCCAUCAACCAGUCAUCGACUCGGUGAUGCAAGCGAUAUCAAAGCUAAUGACAAAUUGCAGUCCAGAGGAGAGGCAGCUCUUCCAGUCGAAAAUUGAGAAUUUCAACACUCGAUUUGCUGCCACAAAGACAAACCUAAAACAACACGGAGAGACUCUUCAGAACCUGUCUGGGAAACUUGUUGAUCUUGAAAGAGAUGUGGACAAGUUGGAGGAGUGGCUGAUGCCUGUAUUGGAUGAACUGGAGGGCCCUGACAUAAUGAAGAAAGAUAUUUCUGAACUAGAACAAGAACUACAGGCCAUCUCCAAUGAUGUCUCAAACCAUCUGCAGGAGCACCAGGAUAUCCAUGCUCUUGGACAUGAGCUAAUGGAGCACCCAAGAGCCAGUGAUUCCUCUUUUGUUACAGCUGUUUUGUCCAACCUCAACCAGAAUUGGACAUGCCUGCAAGAUAUCUUGACCAAAAGAUUUGGACAGAUGGAUGACAGGAAACUAGCGAAGAAACGAUACAGCAGUCUUGUAGAAAAAGUCAAUUUCUGGUUGAAGAAUACAGAGCAGAGUCUAGAGGGUAUUAAUCCAAGUACAAGAGAUGUUCACAGUGUAGAAAUUCAAAUCCAGAAACUCACGCCACUAAAGAAAGAGAUUCAAGACUACAAACCUAAAAUUAAUGAAGUAAACAAACUUGGCACAACUGUAGACAGUCUUCAACGUGAACAGCAGGCGCGCAUAUCAUCCCGUCGACGUUACUGGUCAACACAGAUCGGUGCAACACUGCAGACUGAGUGGACACCACCACAAGAACGUGAUAUCAGCCGCACUGAGAGAUCCAUAUUGGAAGAAGACACUGAUGUUGAAAAAGAACUUUUUGUGAUCAACAAACGGUACAACGAGCUAGACAGGGUCAUAAUAGGAUUGUUAGAUGAACUUCGAGUUAUGCAUCUUUGGUUGGAUAAAAAGGAUGCUGUCGAGAAGAUGACAGACCAGGUGAAAGAGAUGAAUGGAAACCUUUAUGAAAAGAAGCCAGUUAGUAGAGAGUUGAUCCCACUAACAAGGGAGAUGGAGUCAUUUACGGCUGUUAAUUCUGACUUCUUGGCAAGCAAGCCAUCCAUUCUUGAGGCAAUCCAUGGCACAGAGCAGUUCCUCAGGGACAACCAUGAUUCCUUUACCCCAUUAAUACAAAAAGAAUUACAGGAUAAAGUCAAUGACCUCAGGGCUGAGUUUGAAGCACUUUGCACUAAUUCAGAUGAAUGGCAGAGGGAGUCACAACGGUUUUUGGAACACCUUAAUGUGCAAGAGGAAGAACAGGUUGCACUUAGCGACCGAUACACUAGUAUUUGCCAAGGACUUCAGAAUAUGCUUGAUUGGGUUAACACUGCAGAGAAUGCCCUGGCAACAGAACAACCUCUAGCAGAGACAACAGCAGAUGUGCCCCAGCAACUCAAGGAACACAAGAUCAUUCAUGAAGACAUUCAGGCUCACCAGACACCAGUUGUGCAAGCCACUCAGGACUCCCAACAGCUUCUAAGACAGCACGCCCAGCACCUUAAUGAGGAUGAGCGCCGGAAGCUCUCAGAGUACCAAACAGACCUUCGAUAUCGCUUUGAUGCUGCAAACACGGAGUCGCACAACCGCCUAAAUAAAUUAAAGUUUGCAGAAGAGGAUGUUUCUAAGUUGGAAGAGGAAGUAAAAGACUUUGAGAAGUGGCUCGAUUCUGCAGAAGCUUCUUUGGAUGCCUCAAUGGAAGGUAUCAGCAAAGACCUCUCCAGUAACAGAUCCCACUAUGGUCAGCAGAAGGGAUUCAAUGAAGAUGUUAUUGCUCAUUCAGCAGAUCUGAAGUACAUUGUAAAAGCAGGGCAGAAAAUAUUAGAUGGAGCCAAGGGCUACAAGCAAGAUUUAGCUGCAUAUCGUGAAGUUGUACCACGUCAGGUUGUUCGUAAUUUCACCGAAAAUCCUCCAAGCAAUGUUAUCCGCAGCAAGUUGAACCAAAUUACAGCACGCUAUGAGCGGUUGAAGCUCAGCAGUAAGGAUCAUUGUGGAGAAUUGGAAGAGGUUGUAUCACGGCAACAAUCAUUUGAGGAUCAAUGCGACCAACUUCAGAGUUGGUUUCAGGAUACGGAAAAUACAGCGAAAGCAAUCAUGCAUGAACCAAUUGGAGCAGAUCCUGUUGUGGUGCAGAAACAGAUUGACAAGCUAAAGACAUUGCGAACAGCUGUCAGUGGUCAGUUGAAGGACAUUGAUAAGACAAAAGAAACGGCACAUGAAUUGGGAGCCAUACAACCAGAGCUAGUCCAAGCAGCAAAUGCCAGUACAGAACAACUUCUGUCCCGCUACAACGUACUUGACAAUCAGAUAAAAGAACGAGAUGCCGUACUUCACACAAAGUUGGCUGAGUCACAGAAUGUACAAGAUGGUCUUGAUGACCUACUGGAUUGGAUUGAUGGUGCCGAAAAAGACUCGCAUAGAAUUGAAAAAGGGACUAUUAUUGUUACCAAACGUGACCCACUCUUUGCAACCAUUCAAGAACAUAAGGCUGUUGAAGAGACAAUUAUGAGUCAGCUACCACGUAUAGAAUCAGUGAAGUGCCAAGCUGCCAAGCUCAUUGAAACAUCUGAGCCUAAAGUAGCUCGCACAAUCCAAAGCAAAGUAGAUGCAUUGAGUGCACGGUAUGGUAAGCUCACCAUUGCUACAGACAAUUACAAACACAUCUUGCAAGAGAUUAGUGACAAUCUUGAAGUCUUUGAGAAGGAAGUGGAGACUUUGGAAGAUUGGUUGAUUCCAGUCUUGGACAGACUACAGUCAAAGGAUAUCGGCAAACUGGAUCUGCCAUCACUGGAAAAAGAACUUAAGGAGAUAAAGAAACAGAUGGGUGAGAAUAGACUACGCUUAAAACGUGUCCACUCAAUUGGUGAUGGGAUGGUACGAGACUCUAAAGCAGUAGACACAUCAUACAUAACAACAGUUAUGAGGAAUGUGGAUCUAAACUGGAGAUCACUGGAUGAACUCCUUGCUAAAAGGUUCAAGCAGUUUGAUUCAAAGGCAAGAGCAAACAAGAGAUAUCAACAGUACCACAGAGAUGUCACCCAUUGGCUGGACACCAUGGAGCACAAGGUUGAUAGUCUGCUUCCAGUUGCUGAAGACAUUGUAACAGUGCAAACCCAAAUGGACCAAGUAAAGCCCCUAAAAUCUGAGGUCAGUGCAUACAAGCAGAAGGUCACAGAUCUGAACAAGUUAGGCCAAAUAUUUGACAAGUUGAUGCAUGAGGAAGAAUCACCGGUACACUCAAGACCACACUACCGGUCACUUCAGGUUGGGUCAGCUGGUGAUGGUGCUCUACUCCCUCCUAAACCAGCAGAUGUGGAGGAGACGACCUUUACAAGUGAAGAGGAAGAAAGUGUGAUACAAACAGAACUGUCAUCUGCAAAGAAGCGCUAUGAUACUUUAGUAAAUCGCCUGAAUGAUCGUGAUGAUGAACUUGCUAUGACUAAGGCAUUCUUGGAGAAAUCUAACCAAGUGGGUGGCUUAGUAGAAUGGGUUACACAAGUUGAUUCUAAGCUUGUGCAAUCAGCACCAAAGAGUGAGGAGUUAGGGCAGCUCAAUGUAGAGUAUGAAGUUUACAGGGGUAUACUCUCUGAUGUGUCGGCCAAUAAACCAUGCAUUUUGGAAGCUAUUCACACCACCGAGCAGUUUUUGGCCGACAAACGCAAUCAAAUCACACCACAACAGGCACAGCAAUUGGAGCAUCAGGUCAGUGAUCUCCGCUCACAGUACGACAAUGUGACACAGAAGUCGGACGUUGUCUACCGACAGUCGGAGACCAAGCUUGACCAGUUGAAGCAAGUCGUUGAAGAGAAAACCAAAAGCAAGGAACAAUAUAAAUCAGCCAUACAGAGCCUGCAAUCAAUUAAUGAUUGGCUGACUAAAGCAGAGCAUGACCUUGGGUCAGAGCAGCCUUUGAGCCAACAAGGAAGGCAGUUAACUGAUCAACUUAACCAACAUAAGGUUCUUCACAAAGAUGUACUUGCCCACCAAGCUCCAGUAUUGGAAGUUAUGCAACAGCUUCAACAGGUAUUGAAGCUCCCUCAAGACAAACUAGAAGACAUAGAGAGACAAACACUGCAAGAGGGUCUGGAAGAUCUAAAGGCACGCUAUGAAACAGUACAUUCCAACUCCCAUGCUCGAUUGUCAAGACUGCAGUAUGCAACAGAAGACAUCCAGAAAUUUGAGCCAGAGGUUGAACACUUUGAAGAAUGGCUGAAAGAAGCAGAACAAAAGCUGGAAGAAUCUACAAGGAAUGUUGAGACAGAUGCAAGAGGCCUUAGGAAGCAGUACAGUUUACAGAAGGCAUUCACUGAUGAUGUCAUCACCCAUGCUGCUGAUCUGAAAUACCUCAAUAUGUCUGGACAGAAGUUCAUAAAUUCUUCGAAGAACUACAAGGAAGAUUUAGCUGAAUUUCGUGGCAAGGUUCUUCCUAGGCAGUUUACCAAGACAUUCAGUGAGGUGUCACAACCAAAUGUUAUCCAUGACAAGCUCACAAGUGUAAACACUCAAUAUGAUCGUCUGAAAACCAGAUGUUUUGACCACUCUAAAAAGCUGCAAGAUGUGACAGAGAAGCAGCAGAAGUACUUCUCUACUAGUGAGCCAUUGACACCAUGGCUUGAUGAAACAGCCAAUAAUCUUCAGCAACUUCUAGAUGAACCUGUUGCAGCAGAACCGAUAACAGUGCAGCAUCAAUUAGGCAAACUUAAAACUGUUGCAGAUGACAUUUUGAUUCAUGGCAAAGAAGUGGAGAGGUUAAAGGAAGCCAGCAGGGAGUUCUGUGAAGUUCAUGACGGAGUGAAAAAAGAUGUGGCUUAUCAAACAAGAGAAAAGGUCGACAAAUACAGUGAAUUAGAAGCCAAGAUAAUGGAGCGAAGCAACUUGCUACAAUCAGCCUUGGCUGAUUCCAACAACGUUCAGGAAGGUCUGAACAACCUAGUCCGACAGAUCCAGGAUGCUGAGUAUGCUCAGUCACGACUUGAACAGGCACCAGUGAUGAUGAGGAAAGAAGCGCUGCUGGAAACUGUCAAACAAUAUGGGCAUUUGGAAAAUAGACUAGAAAGUCUUCGCCCAAAUAUUGAGAAGGUCAAUCAAGCAGCUGCUAGCCUUAUUCAGACAAGUGAUCCCAGUGUUGUCAUGAACAUUCAAAAUAAACUGGAUGAUAUGAAUGCCCGCUUUGGCAAGGUUCUCAAACCCAUCAAAGAGCAGAGUGCUACUCUGCAAACAGUCACUGAUCAGUUGUGCCGUCUACAGAGGGAGACAGACGAAGUUGAAGACUGGUUACUGCCAACCCUUGACAUUUUGGAGUCAAAGGAACUCAACCAGAAGGAUUUGGCAGAAAUGGGAAGUGUGCUGCAGGAAAUUGAGAGCAGUCGUGCCCAGUUUGAACCAGAAUAUGAAGAAGUCCACCAAGUAGCAGACGAAAUGUUGAGGGAAGCUAAGACUAGUGAUGUCAACAACAUUACUGCCCUAGUUCAAAACCUAGACCAGAACUGGGCUAAACUGGAUGAUCUUUUGAGCUUUAGGAAGAAACAACUUGACGAAAGAACAAGACUACGUGAGGAAUACAACUCCUUACUGAGUGAAGUUAACACAUGGUUAACAGGGAUGGAACGGAAGAAAGGUCAACUUGGUCCCAUACCGACUGAUGUUGAGAGUAUUCAGAAACAGCUGGAAGAAGUGAAACCAUUCAAGCAAGAGGUUGUAGAAUACAAACCUAACAUUAUCAAGGUGAAUGAUCUAGGCAAAGCAUUAGACAACUUGAUUCAAGAUGCACCAGAAGCAAUCUCCAGAUUCCAUCGCAAAUCAACAGAGGUGAUUACAUCAACCCCAAUUGCUCAGCCUGUAAUGUCAAGACUUCGGGGACAAGAAGACUUGAAUGUCAGUGGACUCUUAGAGGAGAAAACUGAAAUCCAACGUCAAGUGGAUGAUGUCAACAAACGCUUUAAGGAUCUUGAUGUUGAACUUGAUGAUCGUGAGGAUGAACUAGAGUUGGUUCUGGAGACUACAAAGAAGUUGACUCCAAUGGAAAGUGUCAUCGAAUGGAUCACUGCCACUGAGGAUACAUUGAGCACAAACCUACAGGCAACACCUCAAAGUCUGACAGAGCUUCAACAUGAACUAGAGACAUUAGUGGCUGUUGAAUCUGAGAUUGUCUGCCAACAGACUCCAGUACAGGAAGCUUCUGUUGGUGCAGAUCAUCUGAUCCAAGAGCGGGGCAGAAAUCUUCGACCAGAACAACAUGAGGUUCUACAAAACCGACAUACAGUCAUGAAGAAUCGCUUCAGCAAGCUUGCUGGCGAUAUUGUUGAGCGCAAGAAGGCAAUUGAAGACACCAUCCAGAAGAAGCAGAUGGAAGAACAAGAAAAGUCUUCACUGGAUCAGAAAAUGUCAGAUGUUAUGAAUGAAAUACAGAGCUUCUCUGAUUGGUUGAGUCAGACAGAACAGAAACUUGGCUCCGCCCAGCCUAUGAACGAACAGGUUAAGUCUGUAUCAGUACAGCUAGACAGACAUAAGGCAUUACACCAGGAUGUUAUAGAUCACCAGCCAAUCAUGUCACAGUCUCAGCAGGAGGUUGUUCUAUUGCUGCGACAACAUGGACACAAACUUUCACCAGAAGACGAAGCUCAGUUAAAGUUUACCAGCGAUGAUCUGAAGCGACGCUAUGAUGCUGUCAGCGGGCAGUCACUAUCCAGAGUGAAUAAGUUGAAGUCAGCAUUGGAAGAUUUGCAGCAGUACAAAGAGGAAUUCAAAGAGUUUGAAGAUUGGCUGCAGGAACAAGAACAGAAAGUAGAUAAUCUGCAGAAAGAUGUUGGCCGUGAUCAAACAACACUGACCGAUCAAAUAGAAGAGAUGAAAGAGAUCAUGGAAGAUGUCAGUGACCACAAAGGUGACCUAAAGUUUAUCAAGAGAGCUGGUCAUAAAUAUUUGGACAGUGCCAAGGAAUUCCGAAGUGGUCUUGGUGAAUUCCGAAAGUCGGCCAUGCCAGCAUCUUUCAACAAGUCAUUCCUGGAGACACCUGAGUCAAACAUCAUCCGUGAUGAACUUGCAGACUCGUACGAGCGUUACAUGAGUUUGAAAAAUCGCAGUCGUGCCCACUACAAGGUCCAGAAAGAUCUUGUUGGGAAACAUCAGAAAUACAAAGGAGCUUGUGAUGUUGUGUUACCAUGGCUAGAACUUGCUUAUGAGAAGGUGUCAAAGGAAGUUGCAGAACCAAUUGCAGCUGAGCCUGAGAAUGUAACCACUCAGAUGGACUCUCAAAAGGCUCUACAUGAUGAUUGUGUUCUACACACCAAGGAUAUUGAAAAACUAAGGGAUUAUGGGAAGGAUCUGAGUGAUGCUCAAGGACAGGUCAAAGAUCAAGUAGAAGAAACAAUACGUGAUGUUACUGAGAAAUAUAACUGGAUGGAAUCGCAACUAGCAGACCGUAGCAACAAGUUGCGCACUGCAAUCGUAGUUGCUAACAGCGUUCACGACAAUAUCGACCAGCUGCUUCGCUGGGUGGAUUCCACAGAGAAAAGUGUCACCAAGCUCUCGGAGUCGCCUGUUGUUGUCAAGAAGGAAGCCCUUUUGGAAAGAAUUCAAGACUUGAAGUUAUUACAAACAGAUAUUGAGAGUAACAAACCAGCAAUUGAUUCCCUCCACGAGUCUGCUAUGGCUCUAAUAAAGACCAGUGAUCCACAACUUGCCCAGAACAUCAAGGGCAAGUUGGACAUUCUGAGCACUCGCUAUGUCAAGGUUAGCAACAUUGCUAAAAACCAUAAUGAAUACCUACACAAGAUGUUGGCCAAGCUGGACCAACUCCAAGCAGAGGUUGACAAACUGGAAGACUGGCUCAUUCCAAUGAUUGAAAGGCUUGAGUCCAGAGACUUCAACCGGAUGGAGCUCCUCGAACUUGGCAUGAAAUUAAUGGAAAUCCAACGAGAAAUUGAUGAAAAUCGAUACACAUUCCAAGACAUCAAAAGACUUGGCAGUGACAUCACCAGAGAUCCAAAAACAUCAGACACCAGUAGGAUUACUGACAUGAUGGCAAACCUCUCAAAGAACUGGGAAACUUUGGAAGCACUGAUGCAAAAGAGGAACACCCAACUACAAGAAAGCCAAGAAGCUCACGAUAAGUUUAGUGAAAUUGCCAAAGCUACCUGUGACUGGCUGGAAAAUAUGGAAGAUAAGGUUGAUGCCCUUCCUCCUAUCGCCAUAGAUAUUGAAACACUGAAACAGCAGCAGCAUCAACAUGAGCCUUUAAUUCAGGAGUAUGAUGGGUUCACUUCCAAGAUUGAUGAAGUGAAUUCCCAAGGAGUAGCAUUGGAGAACCUGACACAAGACUCGGAGCCCUCUUCGACAAAAUCUUCACCCUUCCGGCGGUCUCGCUGGUACUUACAAGCACGCUCUGACACCCGCAGUGUUGAAUCACGAAGCCACACAUCACGUAGGAGUUCUUUUGGUUCAGAGUUGGACCAGAGCUCCUUCCUGAUGGAUGAAAUCACUAAGACACACGCUAUGGGGGUUGUUGGUCUGUUUGCCGACGGCUCGACCCAAUGCAGUUUUAUGUCAAAACUAGUCACUAAGACACACUCUGUGGGGGUUGUUGCUUUAUUCACUGACGGCUCAACCCAAUGCAGUUAA